AAGCGACGCAGCUACUGCGCAAGCGUUAGACGGGCGGCUGAACGGCGCUCGGGUUUUUCCAGGCCGAACUAGGCGGGCGGCGCGCGCAUUUCACCCUGGGACCUGCCCAUAUCUCAGCUCACAACGCAAAUCACCGUUUUCAUACAAACACGUUUCCGGACGAUAAAUAUACACCAUUACAAUAUCCAAAACAAAGUGAUUAGUGCUGUGGUUUUCCGGGACACUUUCGGACGGUGCGGACGGUGUUGAGAUGUAAACUCUUCUAUUAACCAGACGCCGCAGAAAAAUAUCAACAUGACCGUGGUAACAAAUCCCGCCUGCACAGAAGGUAGUACCGAUGGACAAAGUUCUGAGGCCAGUACAUCUGGCACACAACUGCCUUUAUCAUUCGAUUAUCACCGAUAUACCAAAGGAAUAAAUCCAGAUGAAGACAUCUGUAAACUGUACGACGAUGAAAAACAAAGCGACAUUACCUUUGUGGCCGGAAUCAACGGAGAUACGAUCCGCGUCCCUGGACAUCGGCGUGUUUUGGCUGCAACAAGUCCUGUGUUUGCCGCCUUGCUAACUACUAAAGCAGACGUUAUCAUAGUCGACUACAUCGAUCGACGAGGCUUUGAACAGCUUCUGCGCUAUUACUAUUGUGAACCCACAAGCCUGACUACCGUCGGUACUGCCAGAGUUACCCUUGACGCUGCAUAUAAGUUCUUGUGCCCUCAUCUCACUGAAAGGUGUGCGCGUCGUCUCGAUGAAAUGCUAGACGCGUCGGUUGCUCUUGAAAUAUUGCGUGAUUUACGAUUUUUAUGUGCGAGAUUACCAGGCGCGGCAUCAGCACCACCAUUGCCUGCUCUGGAAAGCGAUGCUGCCGCACGUUCUUUAUCACUUUGCGCUAUGUGGUGCGAUUCACUCGCUCAUAACGCACUCCUCGUAAUCGAUGAAAACGCGGACGCAGCUCUUACUCACGAAAAGCUAGAAGACCUCACGUAUGAAGAUUUGGCGUUGAUAGUAAAACGUGACACCCUCCGAGUGUCCAGUGAACUUAUUCUGGCAGAGGCACUUGCACGGUGGAGUACAGCUGCGUGCAAACGUACUAAACGCGAACUAACAUCGGGCAAUAAACGUUCUACCCUCGGUGAAUUGGCUUAUUGCCCUCGCUACUUACUCCUAGCACGAGAAGAGUUAGACAGGGCUUUGGCAUUGGAACUCUUAGAGCCUAUAGAGCGAACCUUGGUAUUGGCUCGGGCUCGCAAACUGUCUGCCCCAGUUCCGGUGGGUGCUGAGCAAGAGGGAAUGCUGCGGAGAUGGGCGCAACCUAGACCAACAGAACCUGCCGCAGCUCCAGUGUUCUUAAGUCCACGUUCUGAAACAAUAGAAGAAGUCCAGCCCUCCAAACUCUGUGGUCGCCGCCCCAAGAAAUUGAAGCAGCCAUGCUUCGAACCCGAAGACAACCGAAACAAAAGCAAUUGCUGUUCCGAUUGCUUCCACGGAUUUAUCCAUGCGUUGGUAUGUUUGUUCGAUUAAGAGCAUUGAAAAACUAAAUGUUCAUAUUAGAUUUUUAUCAGAUGAUAUAUUUAACAUAGGAGGAAAAGAAUUGUAUUUGAUGUAUUGUUUGAUGUAUUUUACUCAUCUCUUUCUUCAUCAAACAUACUUAUUUUGAAUUUCGGAUGGAUAGAAAUUAUGGAAUCUAUAUGUAUGUAGUCACAGAAUAUACUAAUUAUCAAUUCGAUUAGGGACUAACAAAUUUCCUGAUCAUUGCAUUUAUAUUUGUCUUAAGUAAUAUAAAUUCCUGGAAUAUGCUGUCGUAGCUGAGCUACGCUAAUCAUAAUUAUUGUUAGCAAAUAAUACCCUAAUUUUAUAUUUAUCAAUGUGAUAUUUAUACUACUUUGCUUUAGAAUUUUAGAAAAAGGAUUUGAAAUCUAAUUAUUGUGCUAGAAAAAAUUUAAUUGCGUUAUUUAUUGGUACGAAUUAGUGCACAAAAAUAAUAAACAUGGGUAUUCUAGAAUUUUAAGCUAAUCAUGUUUAGCUACACUUUGUUGCAUUUA